UCAGGGCCACGGGAGCCCGCCGGCCUCUCUCUGCCCGCGUGGGUCCGCGAAAUUCCGGCCAGGCCUCCCCGCGAUGGCUCUCCCGACACCUGCCGACGGCGCCCUCCCGGCGGAAGCCCGAGGACGAGGAAGGCGAAGGAGGCUCGUUUGGACCCCGAGCCAAAGGGAGGCCCUGCGAGCCUGCUUUGAGCGGAACCCGUACCCGGGCAUCGCCACCAGGGAAGAGCUGGCCCGGGCCAUCGGCAUUCCGGAGCCCAGGGUCCAGAUUUGGUUUCAGAACGAGAGAUCGCGCCAGCUGAGGCAGCACCGGCGGGAGUCUCGGCCCUGGCCGGGCAAACGCGGCCCGCAAGAAGGCAGGCGAAAGCGGACCGCCGUCACCCGGUCCCAGACCGCCCUGCUCCUGCGAGCCUUCCAGCAGGAUCGCUUUCCGGGCAUCGCCACCCGGGAAGAACUGGCCAGACCAACUGGAAUUUCAGAGUCCAGAAUUCACAUUUGA